CUAGUAAUUGCCAGGGACCAGAGAGAGUACCGCGGCUUUGAAGUGGAAGUGCAUGAUAUUACACCCCGCAUCACUCCAGAAUAAUACGGGCCCAUAAUCUAAUGUUCGACCAAUAAGAUUGCACAUCGUGGCUUAGAAUUUUCUGUUUUGGCCAGUCAGUUUGUCUUUUGUGUUGCUGUUGGUGUAUUUUUAAGUGCUCAUCUUGGAGUCACGAUUUUUUGGGAAUUCCUCAGGACUCGAAGAGUUGUUCCUUUCAAACUGAGAAAGGCUCAUUAGUUACUCGGACUUCCUACCAUCCAUUGAGUAGGUUACAGAGAGCGUUCAGUCGCGUGCCUGUCGUAACAUGGCCCGAGUGAGGCCACUACUCUUCUCCGUUUUCUGGGGGCUGUUGAUUGUCUGUGCUCAACGCGGUGGAGUGCUUGCUCAGGACGAGGAUGAGCCCAGGAGAGUAGAAACGGAAAGCCCUACUCCCUCGGAGCCACAGACGAACGUCUACGACCUACCUCGCGUGGACAAGAGCAAGGCCUACUUCUUCGAAGCCUUCGCGGACGCCGAUAUUCUGGAAGGACGAUCUCGAUGGAUUCGUUCCCAGUCCAAGAAGAACAAAGCUGAUGCAGCGGAAAUCGAAAAAUACGACGGAGAGUGGGCCAUUGAAUCUACGAAUGUCACCCGAAUGGAAGGCGACUAUGCUUUAGUUUUGAAGAGUUCGGCUAAGCAUCAUGGAAUCGCGGUGAAACUUGAUCGUCCGUUUGUGUUCAAUGGGAAACCGUUCGUCUUUCAAUAUGAUGUCAAAUUUGCCAAUGGACAGGAAUGCGGUGGCGGCUAUGUGAAGUUGAUUCAGCAGAAAGCCCUGGAUAAUCUCGCGGAUCUCAACGAUAAAACACCGUAUACUAUCAUGUUCGGGCCCGAUAAGUGCGGCAAGGACUCUCAUUUGCGGUUCAUUUUCCAACAUCGAAAUCCGAAAACCGGUGCCUAUGAGGAAAAACACUGGAAAGAGCCGAAUAACUUGAAAAUUGAAGAGUUGGUCAACAGUAAAAAGUCCCAUGUCUAUACCCUGAUGAUCCAGCCUGAUAACACCUUCAAAGUUUUUAUUGACCAAAAGAUAGUUGGAGAUGGCUCGUUGCUGGUGGACAUGAGUCCUGCCGUUAAUCCACCUGCUGAGAUCGAAGAUCCAAAUGAUACGAAGCCGGAAAACUGGGAUGAACGCAAAACUAUUCCGGAUUCCAAUGCGAAAAAACCCGACGCAUGGGACGAAGAGGCGCCACGACAAAUUGCAGAUCCUGCUGCUAAAAUACCUGAAGGUUGGUUGGAGGAUGAGCCGCAAAUGAUUCCUGACCUUAACGUAAAGCAGCCAGAGGAUUGGGAUGUGGAAAUGGACGGUGAAUACGAACCGCCUCUAAUUGAGAACUCCAAAUGCAAAGGUGUGGGAUGUGGCAAGUGGACGGCCCCUCUCAUCGAUAAUCCCCAGUGCAAGUCAGGAGGAUGUGGUCCCUGGACCGCUCCGUUGAUCGAUAACCCCGAUUAUAAAGGAAAAUGGGCGCCAAGGAAGGUUCCUAAUCCUGACUUUUAUGAAGACUUGGAACCUUAUAAAAUGACUACCAUUGAUGCGCUGGCUCUUGAACUGUGGAGCAUCAGUAACAACGUCCUUUUUGACAGUAUCUUGAUAACGGAUAACUUGGAUGUGGCUGAUAAGUUGGCACGAGAGACGUGGGCCGUGAAGGAAAACAUGGAAAGUACAUCCACUUCUCUCCUGGGAGGCAAAUUUAAUUUCAAAUACAUCGGUAUUGCUGUGGCAGUGGUCAUUGGUUUGAUAACUUUGGUGACUAUGAGAGGCAAAUCGCGCCGACAGGCUAGAAUGAUUGUGGAAGACGAUGAUUUGCUGGAAGAGAAGACUAGUGAAGGAAGUGCGGGUGCCUCGAAAAAGAAAGAGACCCAGACGGUGGUGGAGGAUGAUGAAGAAGAUGCUGAUGAUAUCCCGCCACCUGGUCUGGAGGGGGAAGAGGGGGCGGGUGAUAACGCGGAAUCAGCUUCCGCUGGCAGUGCAUCGGAGCCGGAAGCCGAACCGAUGCUUGAUCAGGAAAAAGAAACCAAAGUAACAAAACGGUCUCGUGCCCGUCGCGAAUAGAUGCGGCAACCGGACAGCGGAUCCCUGGCAGGCUGAAGAUGACGCACUUGAUUUUGAAUUGACGUUCCGAUUGUGUUUUCUAGCUCUUUUUUGCGUUUUUAUCUGAUAAAAUUGACAUUUGGUUGACGUGAUGUGAUAUGCAGGCAGUUAUUCGAAACAGUGCGGACUCUUCGUUGGGGCAGUUUUGAUGUUACUUAGUCGUUUGCUCGGUUAUUUGUUGUUGUUGUUGAAUGUUUCUUUAUAAUCAUCUGAUCAGGAAGCCGUGUUCUUAUGUUCUCUCAAAUUCUGACGUUUAUUUAUUGACCCGUGAGGAGUGUGCGAGUAUAAAUAGUCAUCAACUAUG